AUGGGGAAUGGGGACGAGCUCGACCGGAUAAUAGGAGAAAAUCUCAAAGGAUCUCUCAUCUCUAUGCCCAACCCUAUAGUCAUAGGCAACUCAACAGACCAGUUUCGUAACAAACUUCGACUCCCACACUUUGCUAAGCCAAGACACUAUGAGCUCCAUUUCCACCCGAACCUCGUCUCCAACACGUUCUCUGGGGUUGUGGCAAUCACCGUUGACAUCUUAGAGCCUACCCAUUUCCUUGUGCUGAAUGUUGUGGAUCUUGACAUCGACCAUGCUUCCAUCCACUACAAGCAUUUUGUGCCUACCGAGAUUGUGUUCUUCAAGAAUGACCAAGUUAUGGUGCUAGGGUUUGCUAAAGAGCUUCCACUAGGUGAGGGUGUGCUCAGUCUGCACUUCAAUGGAACCCUCAAUGAUGACAUGAGGGGAUUUUAUAGGAGUAAAUAUCAGUAUAAGGGGAAAAUGGCAAACAUGGCAGUGACACAGUUUAUGGCUGUGUAUGCGCGGCGGUGCUUUCCCUGUUGGGAUGAGCCCGCUUUCAAGGCUAAGUUCAAGAUAACAUUAGUAGUUCCAUCCUCGUUGGUAGCAUUGUCCAACAUGCCUGUAUCUAGUCAGAUGGUGUCUGGUCCCAACAAGAUUGUCCAAUUUGAGGAAUCACCUCUCAUGUCAACUUAUUUAGUAGCAAUGGUAGUUGGUAUUUUUGACUUUGUAGAAGGUGUAACGUCACAAGGCACCAAAGUUCGCGUGUACACAGAAGUGGGUAAGAGUGCACAAGGGAAGUUUGCACUGGAUGUCGGAGUGAAGUUGUUGGAUGUAUAUGCUGAUUACUUUGGCACUUCUUAUGCGCUCCCUAAGUUGGACAUGAUUGGUAUCACCGACUUCUCCAAUAUUGCCAUGGAGAACUAUGGAUUAGUAACAUUCCAAGUUCUGGACUUGCUUUUUGACGAGUCAUCUUCGGCACCCACCAAAAAACAGGAAAUUGCAGUUACCGUGGCACAUGAAUUGGCUCAUCAAUGGUGUGGCAAUCUUGUAACCAUGGAGUGGUGGACUCACGUAUGGCUAAAUGAGGGAUUUGCAACAUGGAUGAGCUAUCACGCAAUAGAUUACUUAUUUCCUCAAUGGAAUAUUUGGAUGGAGUUUCUUGAGGGCACAAUAUCUACUCUUAGAUUGGAUUCAAUAGUUGGGUCUCAUCCUAUCGAGGUUGAAAUACACCAUAUCAAUGAAAUCAACGGGAUUGUUGAUGCCAUAAUAUAUAAUAAAGGCGCUUCUAUUUUUCACAUGCUACAAAGUUAUCUUGGGGCAGGGCCUUUUCAGAAAGCACUGGCUUCAUAUAUUAAAAAAUACGCCUACUCAAAUGCUAAUACGGAGGACCUAUGGGCUGUGCUUGAAGCGGAAACUGGUGAACCAUUCAAGGAUUCGAUGAGUGCCUGGACUAAGCAACCAGGAUAUCCUGUUAUUAAUGUAAAACGUGAAGGGAAAGGCAUCCAAUUUGAACAGGACCCGUUUUCAUUAGAUGGAUCCUCUCGAUUUGGCUUUUGGGAUGUGCCAAUAACUUUAAGUUGUGCUUCAUCUACAAAGAAGUUCUUUCUGAAACAGAAGCAUGAUAUGUUGGACUUAUGUGGUAAACAAGAGAAUGAUGCAAAUUUUCUGAUAAAGUUGAAUAUAAAUGAAACGGGAUUUUACCGUGUGAAAUAUGAUAAAGAAAUUACAGCUGAACUUGAUACUGCAUUAGAGGCCAAUAUGUUGUCUUCAAUUGAAAAAAUUGGAAUUUUGGAGAACGCACUUGAGCUUUCCGUGGCCCGCAAAGACACAGUUUCCUCCUUGCUAUAUGUAUUGUAUGCUUGUCGUGAAGAAACUGACUACAAUGUUCUGACACAUGUAAAUGAUAUAGCUUCACUUGUUGCCCGAAUUUCGACUGAUGCUAUGCCCAACUUGGCUGGUGACAUUAAACAACUUCUCAUCAAAGUUCUUCUAUCGCCUGCUGUGAAGUUAGGUUGGGACCCGAUUAAUGGCGAGGACGACCAUGAUGCAAGUCUUAGAGAAAUGCUUUUGGUUUCUCUUGUCGAACUUGGACAUGAUAAAAGUAUUAAUGAAGGUGUCCGGCGAUUUGAUGUCUUCAUCCAUGAUCACAACACUUCAGUCCUUUCUCUGCAUACUAAAAGGGCUUCAUACCUCGCUGUGAUGCAAACGGUUAGUCAUACAAAUAGGUAUCGUUACGAUGCACUUCGACGAGUCUACAAGAAAUCAACUGACAGGGACGAAAAAUUAUGUAUCUUAGGUGUAUUAUUGUCUUGCGCGGAUAAGGAUAUUGUUCUUGAAUCAUUGAAUUUAAUUUUCACAAAUGAGAUUCCUAAUGAAGAUGCAGUUCAUGUUCUUGAAUCUACUAGCACAGAUUCCCGUGAAACUACAUGGAGCUGGUUGAAGGAAAACUGGGAUCAUAUCUUGAAGGUGGUUCCUGAGAGUGACCUAUUAUGGUGUGUUGUCAACAACAUUGUCCCGUUGUUCACCUCCAAUGAUAAAGCAGAAGAGAUCUCCAAGUUCUUUACAAACUACAAAGAUCCGACACUUCAGGCUACGCUAAAAGCAAAUCUCAAGGAUGUGCUCCUAAGUAUGAGAUGGAUUGAUAUUAUUCGGAGUGAGCCCAUACUUCCACAGACGGUGCAUGAACUUCUUCACAAGAACUAA